AUGCCUUUGAAUGCGAUUCCACCAACGACAACACUGAAUGGCUUGAAAGAGAAGGUUGCUGCUGCACAAGGCAAAUGUUGGAUAGAUGUUGGAUUCUACGGCGGUAUAGUGCCCGGCAAUGUUGCAGAACUGAAGCCCCUGGUGCAAGCAGGAGUACGAGGUUUCAAGGGCUUCCUCAUCGACAGCGGUGUGGAGGAAUUUCCUGCCGUCUCUGCUGAGGAUAUUUCCAAGGUGUUUGAAGAGCUCGCAGAUGAGUCCACUACGGUCAUGUUCCACGCGGAGAUGGUUCCGACCUCUGGUGCCGAGUCGAUGUCUUCUCUCGAGCCAACCGGCCCUCUGGAAAAGUACCAGACAUUUCUCGAUUCCCGGCCGUCGUCCUUUGAAGUACAAGCUAUCAUGGAGAUUCUAGCCCUGGCACAUCUUGCACCCAAACUACCACUUCACAUCGUCCACCUUUCUGCUGUCGAGGCUAUACCCAUGCUCCGGGAAGCGCGGGCAAAGGGCGUCAACAUCACGGCUGAGACCUGCUUCCAUUAUCUCAGCUUGGCUGCCGAGAAUAUACAAGAUGGCGACACACGACACAAAUGCUGUCCUCCCAUCCGAUCAGAGUCAAACCAAGACGGCCUUUGGAACGAAGUGCUCGACAUCCAGGAUAGUGUGAUCAAGACUGUAGUUUCUGACCAUUCACCGUGCACGCCGAACUUGAAGCUUCUCCCGUCUCAUGUACUGGGCGCAGAACGGGAAAACAAGAAGGCCGGAUGUUGCUCAAGUCCAAACAAGGGCGACUUUUUCACCGCGUGGGGUGGCAUCAGUUCGGUCGGCCUUGGACUGAGUAUACUAUGGACCGAAGCCAUGCGCCGGAAUCUGGACGUAGACGAAACACUGGUCAACAUCGCAAGGURGUGUUGCUCCAACACCGCCAAGCAAGUAGGCCUGGAACAUAGAAAGGGUGACCUUAGGGUCGGAAUGGACGGCGACAUUUGUGUAUUUGACGAUCAAAGCACCUUUGAUGUCGAGCCGAGUACUAUGCUUUUUAGGAAUAAGUGCUCUCCGUAUGAAGGGAAGAGGCUCAGGGGCUUUGCGAAGCAGACCUGGCUCAGGGGGAAGACUGUGCAUACUCGAGAGGGCGGCUUCGCUCCAAAGUCGAGGCCGUCUGGGGAACUUUUGCUUGAGCGAAGGUUAUGA